AUGGUGGGAUGCUGGCCGCUUGUCGACACGACCCUUACACAACACCGAAGUGUGAACCGACCCGCUGGAACCCCUAUCCUUUCAACAAUUACCGUCACGAACCCAGUGUACCGCAACUACCUUGUUGAGCGCGUCCUGCCCGCGAUCAAGCGACAAUGGGUGUGGGACAACGACGACACGGACGGAACGAUAUACAUAGAGCAAGACAAUGCCCGUCCGCACAUCUCGGUGGAUGAUGCGGACUUCGUCCAAGCAGCCAUCGCCGAUGGAUGGAAGAUCAAGUUGACGUGCCAACCGCCACAAUCGCCGGACUUGAAUGUGCUUGACCUAGGGUUUUUCAACUCUAUUCAGUCACUUCAGCAACAAAUUGAGUGUCGGGCAAUGGAAAACCUCGUCCAAGCAGUCGAAGAGCCGUUCGUGACACUACAUCGUGCGACCCUGGAACGAACAUUCCUCACAUGGAGUCGUGUUAUGAUCGUGUUCCUGGAAAUAGAUGGCGACAACAAGUACAAGAUCCCACGAAGCAAGUCGAUUGUGGACGAUAUUGCUGCACGAGAGUCACUGAGUGCGCGGCUUGAAGAAGAGGGACGAAUGAGUGAUGUUGCCGAACUGGUCAACAUCAUGUCAGUGUAA